AUGAACGAGAAGAAGCUCACGCUAGUGAAGGAGUUGCACAAGCCGGCAAGACGUAAUUACCCACGUCGGAGCGUUAAAGUGCGUGGCCUGGAUGAAACGUGGCAAGCUGAUCUUGUUGAUAUGUCUGCGUACGCUGAACAAAACAAGGGUCACCACUUAAUGCUCACCCUAACUGAUAUAUUUUCAAAAUACGCUUGGGCCGUGCCUAUGAAGAACAAGACAGGCGAAGAGACAGCGAGUGCUAUGAAAUUCGUUCUCAAGCGGGGACGCGUGCCGAAACAUUUACAAGUUGACAGAGGCAAAGAAUUCUACAAUUCGCAUUUUGAGGAUCUCAUGAGACGGUAUAAAAUUAAACUCUACUCCACCUUCAGUAAUUUGAAGGCUUCGAUCUGCGAACGUUUUAUCCGGACGAUAAAAAAUAGAAUGUGGAUUGAAUUCAGUUUGCAAGGCAAUUACGAGUGGAUAACUAUUUUACCCGAUUUCAUAUCCACUUACAACAACACGAAACAUCGAACAAUUCAGAUGAAACCAAAGGAUGUUUCCAUCACCAAUGAAAAAAUGUUGCUCAGGAGCAUGUACGGGAGAGCUCGCGUGAAACCUGCUUUAGCUCCUAAAUUCAAGGCUGGCGAUAAGGUGCGAGUUAGCAAAUUGAAAAAUGUUUCCGACAAAGGUUCUACACCAAAUUGGACAACGAAAAUAUUCACCAUAGAUCAGGUGGCAAACACCGAUCCUGUCACUUACAAACUCAAGGACUACCGAAACCAACCUGUUGCGGGUGGUUUUCAUGAACUAGAGCUUCUCCGAGCUGCAAACUUUGACACUUACCUCAUCGAGAAGGUGUUGCGGAAACGUGGAAAGAAACUGUUUGUAAAGUGGUUAGGUUUUGACAAUACACACAAUAGUUGGAUAAACGAAAAUAAUUUGUUGGGUUGUUUCAAAUUGAACAUGAUUACAUCCGUCAUGAACGACAUGAACGACAAUGCCUACGUUCUAUUCAAGGGGGUAUACGUUCCCCAUGUAUGGGCUGCGCAACUAUCACCCGCAACGAUCACCAAUGUGAUCGAACGCGCUAUGGCAUUGGCAAACAUGCCUGAAAACGAAAACAGUCAUAUUUAUUUCAUAGCGGCACAGACGUUAUUUGAAAGAUACAAGACACUACGCAGUCACAGACCAAAAAGUCACAAGAAACAACACAAGACUCAGUUACAUGACACAACACAGUUACAGUCACAGACCAAAAAACCCUAUGUUCUGAUUGUUCGUGGUAUAGAACGCUUUAGCCUGGACAGCGAUUCAGAUGAAAAUUUCGACGAUCAAGAUGAUCUAGAGCUUGAUGAGGGGUGCUACGCCGACUGA